AACCAGCUGCCGUGGUGCGCUCCAUGUGCUACACUGGCUCACCUCCUACACCACACGCAAUGUACUCUGGACUUCUCCACGCGAACACACACACACACAAGAUUUCAAACAUGGAGACAGCCUACUUCAUUUGUUAGAAGAGUGAAAGAGAAGCUUGCCAGUUGACCAGAGAUGAAUGAAGAAGCUCUGGUCACAGUGAUCCAGGCAGGGGAAGAGAGGACACUGUCCAGAGCAGCGUUUCUGUCACUGCUGGAUACCUACAACUGCUUCCUGAACGACCAGACUCAGCUACACCUCAGUUAUUCUGAGGGGGCCAAUGGAGGGGUUUUAGUGGAAGGUUUCCUGAAUAUCUCCUGGGGAGUACGGAGACCUAUCAGGCUGAAAAUACAAGACGAGAAACAGAUACUUCCCUCCUCUCCUGUGAUCUCACCUGAGCCCACCAGCCCACUGGGAAACAAGAGGGGUAUGUCAAGAUGGGGAGAAUAUGCAGACCUUCACCAUAUAGAUGAAAUGGUUGAAACGCCACAGGAAGUAGUGCUGAAUGAUCCUUUACCAGGCCCACCGGUUUAUGAGACCGCCACACUACGCCCUGUGAGGCAGAAGAACCCAGAGAUAGAGGCCGAGUCCAACCUCUUUCGCUGCAUGAGUGACGCCUCCUUGGUUAAGAGGAGGAAGGGCAGGGGAAAGUCAGCGGCACAGAGAGAGAAAGAAAGGCAGCAUCGCUUUUCAAUCAAUGGGCACUUCUACAACUAUAAAACCUCUAUCUUCACGCCGUCCUUUGGUACGCCAACUAAAGUUCGCAUCUCCACCGCGUUGACCACAAACCAAGUCAUUGAACAGCUACUGAACAAGUUCAAGAUAGAGAACGAUCCCCAGGAGUUUGCUCUGUACUGUGUUCACCAGAGCGGAGAAAAAAGAAAGCUGAGCAAUAGAGACAAGCCGCUAUGGGAGCGCAUUCUACAAGGUCCCUCUGAUGACAUCAUGAAGAUCUUCCUGAUGGACAUGGAUGAAGAGGAAGUCAGCAAUGAUGUAGCUCAGUAUCUGAACUUGGAGCUUCCAAUCCUGGAGCAGGUUUUACUGAAACUCAAAGAGGAGGAGAACAGGGAGAUUCAAAGGGUCAUUAACAAGUACCAUCACCAGCACAUUCUCCUGUCCCACAUUCUAACCUCUAAGGCGUCGCCACACAUUGAGACCAGCGUAUGACGACUGAAUUACCCGGACAAGAUUCAGUAGGGCGUCACUUUCCUUUCCACGUUCCUCCAAGAUGAACAGUCAGCUCUGUAGAACUGUGUACACGUCUUCAGUGUCACAUUCCAAAAAUAUGGGAUGUGAAACCUAAAGGUGAACAUUUUAGGAAAAUAGCACAUGAACACAUACAUUAGAGAAGUAAUAGAAAACAAGGAACUUUUUCAAGUCUUAUGAACUGAGUAAUUUACGUUGUUUUUUUGUUCUUGUUUAAUUUUUGUUUUAUUUUUUAAACUGUAAAAUAAGUUUAUGAGAUAACUGUAGAUGUAAAUCAUUCAUGAAUAAAAAAUGGGGCCAGCA